CGCGCCUUUCGCCCGCUCUACCUGCGCCUUUUUACACGCCGAACGCACCGAAGCCCCCGCACGCCAGCACGCCAGCGCCGCACCAUGUCCACGGACUCCAGAUCCACGCGAGUGCUCAAAGAAAUCCUCCUGAAACCGGGCAACAACUUGUGCGCGGACUGCGGGGCGCCAGACCCGACGUGGGGCUCGUGUUCUCUGGGCGUCUUCAUCUGUCUGGAUUGUUCUGGAGUCCACAGGAACCUCCCAGACACCAGCAAAGUCAAGUCCCUCAGUCUGUCACACUGGGACGAGCUCGAGAUCCAGUUCAUGGCGUCGAACGGGAAUGAGAAGUUGAAGAGUAAAUAUGAGGCGGACGUCCCGGUUUAUUAUUACAAACCCACACACAAAGACUGUCAGGUUCUGAGGGAGCAGUGGAUCAGAGCCAAAUACGAGAGGAAAGAAUUUUCAGAUCCAGGAAAACCCCUCACCUACGAGGACGGUCAGAAGGAGGGGAUGCUGAUGAAGCGCGGCAGAGAUAACGGUCAGUUCUUGAGUCGGAGAUUUGUUCUGUCGGAGCGAGAAGGAACUCUCAAGUACUUCACCAAACACGAUGCCAAAGAGCCCAAAGCCGUGAUCAAAGUCGACACCAUCAACGCCACGUUCCAGCCGGAGAAGAUGGGAAACCCCAACGGGCUCCAGAUCACCUACCUCAAGGACUACAGCACCCGCAACAUCUUUGUGUACCACGACAGCGGGAAGGAAAUCGUGGACUGGUUCAACUCCAUCAGAGCCGUGCAGCUGCAUUAUCUCAAAGUGGCCUUUCCUGGAGCCACAGACGCAGAGCUGGUGCCAAAACUGACGCGAAACUUCCUAAAGGAGGGAUACAUGGAGAAGACCGGGCCCAGGCAAACUGAAGGCUUUAAGAAGCGCUGGUUCACUCUGGACCAGAGACGCCUCAUGUACUUCAAAGAUCCUCUGGACGCGUUUGCCAAAGGAGAGGUGUUUCUGGGGAACAAGGACCACGGCUACAGCGCCUCGGCGGGGCUCCCGUCCGGCACGCACUGCAACGGCGCCUGGUCACACGGCGUCACCAUCGAAACGCCCGAGCGCUGCUUCCUGUUCACCUGCGAGACGGAGGCGGAGCAACAGGAGUGGGUCCAGACGUUCAACGAGGUCAUAAACGCGCCCAUGUCCCCCCAGGAGUACACGAUGGAAGCCUUGUUCAAACACAGACAUCGAUGAGACGGCGGCUUGUGCGACCUCUGACCUCUGACCUCUGGGAGUCCCGGAGUAAAGACGAACUCGGGCCGCAGCCAGUUUCUCCUCGACUCCUCUGACCUUUGUACCUCCCUCAGAACGAACACAACAUCAACCAACCUGAACACACAAGACGCACACUGUUCAAAUAAUCUCACUGUAGUGUUGUUAUUAUUUUUAUUGAAAUCAUAAACACGUCACUCCGGGGGGUUCAACACGUUUGUCUAUGGCAGAAUAAUCCGUGUGUCGUUUGUUCAUUAAUAAACUACAGUUUUCUUCAUUA